AUGUUCACUCUAUCCAGCCUCGUCCAGAAGGCCCAGCAGUUCGUCGACCCGACCCAGGGCCUGAACCUGACCAAUUCCGACAAGAACCCGUCCAAGUCGUCGCUGUUCCAGAACCAGUUUCGCCUUCCCAGCACCCAGACGCCGCUGUACGAGAUCAAUGCCGAGCUGACCAUCCCACCCGCCAAUGCCACUUUUGGAGGAAAGGACCACGAUCGAGGCUACCACUAUGCCGGCAAGCUGCAUCUCUCCGAGAGCUACAUGUGCUUCUCCACCACCCCCUCCAGCUUCGUCCAGUCCGCCAGCACCUCGACCAGUUCUGCCUUUACUGGCCAGACACACGGUGGAGGACCGAGCGGGAAUGGCUUCACCUUCCCUCUCUGUGCCAUCCGGCGCGUCGAGAGGCUGAACAGCCAGACCUUUCAGUUUGCCUUGGCCAUCACCACAUGGAAUGGCAUCGCCCAGCAAAAGGACAAGGACAAGGACAAAGAGGCUGCGCCCGACAAGGAAAAGAAGGACAGUCGCGAGCAGAGGAUCACGGUACACCUGGCCGGCACUCGGCAGUCCUGCGAGCGAUUCUGCGACGGCCUGAAGAAGGGACUCCGUGCCGGCGUUGGCAACGUGAGCAAGUACAAAAAGGUUGUCGGCGAGUGCUACUCCGAGUACCUCCUCCGGUCCGACGACAAGAAGAAUGCGAGCCCACCCGACGCCGGCUUGGGCAUGAUGUUCCGCUACCCUGGCGACCCGAAAAAGCUGCGCGACCGGGCCAAGAUGCGUCUCUGGGCCGAAUACCUGCGCGAUAACGGUCGGAACAUGACGCUCAUCCGCCAGCCCACCUUUCAUAAGCUUAUCCGUGUCGGUCUGCCCAACCGCCUGAGAGGCGAGACCUGGGAGUUGACCUCGGGCUCCAUCUACCUCCGCCUCGAGCAUCCUACCCUAUACGCAGAGACCUUGGCCAAGUACGAAGGUCAAGAGUCUCUGGCCAUUGACGAAAUCGAAAAGGACCUGAACCGAAGUCUUCCAGAGUAUCCCGGCUUCCAAAGCCAAGAGGGCAUUGGUCGGCUCCGACGCGUGCUUACGGCUUACAGCUGGGUGAACCCCGACGUCGGCUACUGCCAGGCCAUGAACAUCGUCGUCGCGGCGCUGCUCAUCUACAUGUCCGAGACCCAAGCCUUCUUCCUUUUGUCGUCACUUUGUGACAGGUUGGUCCCGGGUUACUACUCGACAACCAUGUACGGAACGCUGCUGGAUCAAAAAGUGUUUGAAUCACUCGUCGAGAAGACGAUGCCUAUCCUGUGGGAGCAUCUGGUCAAGAGUGAUGUCCAACUUUCUGUGGUAUCGCUGCCUUGGUUCCUAUCACUGUACAUCAACUCCAUGCCUCUCGUCUUCGCCUUUAGAGUCCUUGAUGUCUUCUUCGUUGAAGGGCCCAAGGUCCUGUUCCAGAUAGGCCUCGCCAUUCUAAGGAUCAACGGCGAAGAGCUCCUGGAUGCCACAGACGACGGCGCCUUCAUCUCGAUCCUCAAGGGCUACUUUGCUCGUCUCGAUGAGUCGGCGCACCCCAAGUCCGAAAACCCGAAGCUGCGUGCUGUUACAAAGUUCCAAGAGUUGAUGGUUGUGGCGUUCAAGGAAUUCUCCGGAAUCACCCACAGCAGCAUUACCGAGUCGCGAUUAAAGAACAAAGACGCCGUCCUCAGCAACAUCGAGAGCUUUGCAAAGAGAACGGCUCUCCGAAACCUGGGCCCCGACAGCAAGCUUCUUGCGCCAGAAGAACUUGGCGCCCUCUACGAUCGCUUCUACACCAUCCUAUACGAAAGACAGCAACGCGAGAGCAUCAUCCAGCAAGAGAAGCAGCGUCGCGCAAAGAACGCACGGCCCAGGGCUCGUGAUGUUUUCGAAGUCAACGACGAGCACGUCGAGAAGGGGCGUGUGGCACUAGGGGCCAGCACGAGCAUGAUGGACUAUGAUGCUUUUAGAGAAUUCCUCGCCAACAUGGCCAAGUGGGCCAUCUCCGACUCGCCCACCACGCCGCGACGAGAUACCUUUUCAGACCGGGACAGGAACGCCUACACGAGCCGGCGGCAGAACAACGGUCUCCUGUCUCCGUGGGGUUCCAGCCCAGAGCCCGCCGAUCACGAGUUCAUGCAACGGCUGUUCAAGAAAUGGGACGUCAGCGGCACGGGCGCGCUGACGCUGGCCGACGUCGUUUCAGGGUUUGCCCGAAUCAAAGGCAAGAAGGACAUUAUGGGCACCAUCACCUACUUCUUUGAGUUGUACGAUGACGACGGCGACGGCAAGGUUGAUCGCGAGGGUAUCCUGCGUAUUUCCGAGGCCCUGUUGUUCUUGUCGAGACGAGGACUCGAGGGGACUCUGAGCCCGAGCGCCUCUACCAUCACCCUCACCUUGCCAAAUGGUCAGGGCGGCCCCGAGCCCAGCCUUCCCGGCAUUUCGACCAACGAGAGGUUCCUGGGCAGCGUCAGCGCAUUCAUCAGGAGAUGCUUCGAGUACGCCGACCCUGACCACCCGAACAACAAGAUCCACGAGGAAGAAAAGCACAAGGCUGCAGACAACGAGGCCUUUGCUAUCGGUGACGACGAGGAUGAGGAAGACGAAGAUCUCCUCACCAUGGACUCGCCCACGGCCAGCUCCUCGGCGGCGACGAAGCCGUUGUCAGAGUCACCGCUGCCGCCGACCGAGGAGAAGAACAAGGCUCCCGUCGCAGGCCAACGACGUGUCUCCAAGGCACAAUCGGAAGCGGCAAAUGCCGCGCUGGACCCGGCCAACCCUCUUCACAUGACGCUGCCCACGUUCCGAAUGGUUGUCCUUGCCGACGAGCUUCUCGAACAAUUUUUCGAGUCCUCUUUUCCCAUCUCCUUCCAUCUCAUCGAGGGUCUGCCAUCCGUAUCGACGCCCAGCUCGACGCUCACGACCUUCUCCAGUCUAAACUUUGGACGCGCCCCAGUUGCCGCUCUGAACCCUGCUGCCCAGGGAGCCACUCGUGGCCUUCGCGGAGUGCUGGACAACAUUGUCACGGACGGCAUGCGCGUCGCGGCGGAAGUCCGCAGGAGGAUGGACGAGGCACAGAAGGAGUUGGAGAAGAAUGCCGCGCCCGGUCAAAAGGACGAGGAAGAGGAGGACGACGCAGACAUUGGAGUCGAAAUCGGCAUCAGAAGAGGCACAGCGGGUGCGAGCGCGGACAUUGAAAGACGCAGUGUCCGGAGUGAGGACCGAGAUCUGCUUGACGGGGCAGACGCCGAGGCCGGGGCCAACGCCAACGGCAAGGAGGGCCAGCUCGUGGACAUUGAGCCCACGAACAGAAGCGAGGCGAAUGCCAAGGGCGUUGUUGAGUUCGAAGGCUGA